CAAUUACCCAGCCACACCGAACGUUAUUCCGACCGCGUCAACAAACCAUCAUCCAACAAGGCUGACUUCGCUGGACGGCAUUCGUGGAUGAUCUCGGAUCUGCUGUUCAUCACCGAUAUUAAAUAUCGUGGAUGAGUCUUGCUACCCACAAGUCACGCUGAUGUUGCAGCAUGUCGUGCUCGUGGAUGUCGUUAUUCAACUGCGGAAGUCCCAGGAGCAAGCCCCCCAAGGAAGAAAUCGCUUUGACACCACCAAAAACAGGCCUGAAACUUCUCUCCGCGGGCGCCGAUCCCACACUUGACAUUGUCGCCGUGCAUGGGCUAGGUGGCCAUCGCGAUAAAUCAUGGACGACAGUUGGUGGGGUGAACUGGCUUCGCGAUUUCUUGCCGAGUGAUCUUCCCAACGCGAGGGUUUAUGCGUGGGGUCAUAAUGCGUCGAACCAUGAAAAGAGUGACCAGCCUGGGGGGCCAUCGAUGCAGAGUAUCUCCGAGAGAUUGAUUCUGGAUUUAUGGGAGGAAAGGGAGUUAUCAGAUGCACAUCAUCGUCCGAUUAUCUUUAUUGCACAUAGUCUUGGAGGGACGAUUGUGAAAAGUGCUUUACUAUACUCCGACUCUUGUCAAUCCGAACCUGCAUAUCAUCGCACAAUUCGAACAUCUACCCAUGGAAUAUUCUUCAUGGGCACCCCCGAACUAGAUUCUCGAAUGGUCGGGCUGGAAAGCUAUCUCAACCACCACGCCACCGAGCCCGAAAAACAAACCGACAGCUACAAGGAGGCACAUUGGCUACUGACAAAACUACGAGAAUACUCCCUUAUCAGCGAAGACUUUCAAACGGUGUAUGCAUACGAGAUGCUCAAGACGCCAAAACUGGCUACGACAGAGUCUCCGACAACUGGGUCGCCAGGGAGAGUAUUACAAGUCUCGCCGCGUACGCAGAAGCCACCGAUCAAUACUUAUACUAUUUCGAUUGAUGCAGAUCAUUCCAAUAUGAUCAAGUUCGAGACACCCGACGAUGAAGCAUACAUAGAGAUCAGAGACUAUUUGAAGAGGAUGGCUCAGGACUCUCAGCCAGAGAGUGAUUCGGACAGUAGUGAGGGACUGGGAGAAGGAUUGGGAUUGUCAUUUAAUUAGAUGGUAUGAGGGGAUGGGUUUAUAUAUUUAUUAAUAUAGACGGUAGGAUAUCCAAUAUAUAUAGGAAAUUAGUUUGAUAAUCAAUAUAUGUCUAAU